AUCAUCAGAGAACCUCAUUCUCCCUCAGAGCCAGAACCCAAAGUCAAGCAAAACCAAAGGUAAGACUGAAGGCUUAUAGAAAGGAAAAUCUCAGCACUCCAAAGAAUGGAGCCUUUGGAGACCAUGGUGAAGACAGUGGCAGUGAUUGGAGCUGGGGUCAGUGGCCUGAUUUCCCUGAAGUGCUGUGUGGAUGAGGGGCUCGAGCCCACCUGCUUCGAGAGAACUGAAGAUAUUGGUGGGCUAUGGAGGUUCAAAGAAAGUGUUGAAGAUGGCCGGGCGAGUAUCUACCAAUCUGUCAUUACAAACACCAGCAAAGAAAUGUCCUGUUUCAGUGACUUUCCAAUGCCUGAAGAUUUCCCAAACUUUCUACACAAUUCUAAACUCUUGGAAUACUUCAGGAUUUUUGCCAAGAAGUUUGAUCUUUUAAAGUAUAUUCAAUUCCAGACCCUCGUCAUCAGUGUGAAAAGGCGCCCAGAUUUCUCGUCCUCUGGCCAGUGGGAAGUGGUCACUCAGAGAGACGGCCAGGAGCACAGCAAGGUGUUUGAUGCCGUGAUGGUUUGCAGUGGCCAUCACAUAAUCCCCCACAUCCCGCUGGGGUCAUUUCCAGGUAUUGAGAGGUUCAAAGGCCAGUAUUUCCACAGUCGCCAGUACAAGCACCCGGAAGGAUUUGAAGGAAAACGUGUACUGGUGAUUGGAAUAGGAAACUCAGCCUCAGAUAUUGCUGUGGAGCUGAGUAAGAAGGCAAAUCAGGUAUUUAUCAGCACUAGACAUGGUUCCUGGGUCAUGGGUCGUAUGUCUAAAGAUGGCUAUCCCUGGGAUAUGAUGUUUCACACUCGAUUCAGCUCAAUGCUCAAAAAUAUCCUACCACGAACUGUUCUCAAAUGGAUGAUGGAACAACAAGUGAAUCGGUGGUUUAACCAUGAAAAUUAUGGUCUUGAGCCUCAUAACAAAUACCUUAUGAAAGAACCUAUUCUAAAUGAUGAUCUUCCAAGUCGUCUACUUUAUGGAGUCAUCAAGGUGAAAUCAAAAGUUAAAAAGCUCACAGAAACUUCUGCCAUCUUUGAGGAUGGAACAGUGGAGGAGCCCAUUGAUGUCAUCAUCUUGGCAACAGGAUACACUUUCUCUUUCCCCUUCCUGGAAGAUUCAUUUGUCAAAGUGGAAAAUAAUAUGGUCUCAUUGUAUAAAUACAUGUUCCCUCCUCAGUUGAAGAAGUCAACCCUGGCAUGCAUUGGUCUCAUUCAGCCUCUAGGUUCCAUUUUCCCAACAGUAGAACUUCAAGCACGUUGGGCAACAAGAGUUUUUAAAGGCUUGUGUUCCUUGCCUUCAGAGCAAACUAUGAUGGAAGACAUCAUCAAGAGAAAUGAAAAAAGAAUUGACCUGUUUGGAGAAAGCCAGAGCCAGAUACUCCAGACAUAUUACAUCGACUACUUGGAUGAGCUGGCCCUGGAGAUCGGGGCAAAGCCGGACCUCCUCCCGCUCCUGCUAAAAGAUCCAAAAUUGGCUGUGAAACUCUAUUUUGGACCCUGCAACUCCUAUCAGUAUCGUCUGGAGGGGCCUGGGCAAUGGGAAGGAGCCCGGAAUGCCAUCCUCACCCAGAAACAGAGAAUACUGAAGCCUCUGAAGACACGCACUCUGAACACAGCAUCCAAUUCCUCAGCUUCCUUCCUGCUGAAAAUUCUGGGGCUUCUUGUUGUGGUGGUGGCCUUCAUUUUCCAGCUUCAGUGGCUCUAAUUGCUUGGUACACAAUUUUAUUGUCAUUAUCUCUUUUAAAAAAAAAAGAGAAACACACACUAUUCCAUUCAUAUUCUUGAUUGUAGAAUAUGAGGGACAAAGUAGAGAAGAAAUUGUGGAAAAUUAGCGUUAUUCAAUUUACAUGUAACUUGUAUCAUGAAAUUUCUUGGCCAUUCCACUGUCCCUCAGGUUCCAGGAAAAAAAAAAAGGCAAUAAAAUUUAGGAGAAAUGUGUGAGGAGAGUAGUAGAAUUACAUGGAAUGAAAAGCAGACUGCAUGGUUAAAAGUACUGGAAAGCUUCCAUGAGAGUAAGUAUUUAAAUUCCCAGGCUAUUGCUGAUGGCCACCCUACCUAGAUUCUAUUUGGUGACAAAAGUUCCCAGAUGUCAGAUCUUGCUCUAUUUGCUAGUAGGGAAUCACGCAAAAUACUACAAAUAAAAAUGAGAAGGCAAGGAUAUGGCAGUGUUCACUUCUAGGGUCUUAUGGUGAAAACUAAGCAAAUGGCCAAAUUUCUUAUGUUUUGACAGAAAUUUUUGUUCAUUUUUCUAUUUUUUUUAUUUAGUGAGUUAGUAAUAAUUUACAAGAUUAUAAAAAGUUUUGUGGCCACCUCGACCUCCCCUACCACAAUAACCAUCAUAGUUCACAUAAAAUUGUAGAGAUAAUUUGGUCUUUUUUUUUACAAUUUCAUGUAUUUUAAUUUUCUAUUUUCCCACAUAUGAAUGGAACUGUAAAGUAGUUUUGACAGAAAUCAAAAUAAAUCAUGCAAUAAGAGGCCAGGUGGUGGCACACCCAGUUAAGCACACACAAUAUAGUGCACAAGGACCCAGGUUCAAGCCCCUGGUCCCUACCUGCAGAGGGAAAGCAGGGCUGCAGGUCUCUCUCUCUCUCUCUCUCUUUCUCUCUCUCUAUCUCCCCACUCCUCUCAAUUUCUCUGUCUCUAUCCAAUAAUAAGUAAAAAUAUUUUUAAAAAACAUACAAUAGAAGCUAUAUAUAUAUAUGAGACUAUGACAAAGCAGACAUUGUGCUAUGUGCUCAUUGUAUUUAUUCCAUGUGACUCACAGUUCUAUGAAAUGGGUAAGCCAUUAUACCUACUUUAUAGAUAAUGAGACUGAGCUGAGGUCCAGAGGAGAUGAGAAACAAGCCAAGACCACAAAGCUUGCCUUGUAAGGGGGUUGCAAUUAGAACUCAAGUUUGCUGGACUCUAGAACUGAACAGUAUAGCCUCAUUCAUGAUGUGCUUACUUAUAAAAAUCAUCAUUAGAUAUAUGUCUGUCUCUAUUAAAUAAAUAAAUAUAAUAAAAAUUUUUUAAAAAACAUCAUUAUUAAUAAAAAUGCUUUGGGGUCCUAGUGCAUGGUGACGGAAAAGGACCUAAGUUGAAGGCAGGAGUGUUUUGCAGACACCUGUGUUAAGGAGAUGAGAAAUUGUACCCACCUGUCAGAAACUAUACUGUAAACCAUUCACCCCCCAAUAAAAUUACAUAAAACACUUAUAA